GCAAACAGGUGUCAAAAUCUUCCAUUGAAUUGGUCCAUUUCCCUGAACAACCCUUAGUUUCAUUGAGACUUCUGAUGGUGUUAAGGUCACCAAGAAUUAGCCACGGUUCAAAACAAAAGACACCUGCAUGGUAUUUGAUGUUCCUCCAUAAAUCCCUCCUAUCAUGCUCCUCAUUAGAUGCAUAAACCACAGAGAUGAAAAAAGAUGAUUUAUUAUCAAGAUGCUGCACAUGAAAAUGAAUAAUCUGAUCUGUCUUAGAAAUUCUGCUGACAUGUAAGCUAUUUGAAAUUCCAAGCUACCCAAAUUCUUCCCAAAGUAUGGCAAUUAUAGUUAUCAACAUAACUCCAGUCCCUAAACACUUGCCUCAUAAUGAAGGCCUUAGUAACUUGUCUUACUCUUGUUUCCAAAAUCCCAAUAAAGUCCAAUUGAUUAUAAUUAAUAAACUUCCUUAUUUCUUCUUGCCUAGAGGUCUUGUUGAGCCCUCUGAUGUUCCAGCUUGCCGCUUUGAUCAUUGCAAAAGAGAUUUGCUAAGCUUAAGGUGCUCAAAACCCGUAAUUUUGUUCUUUUCAGAACCCUUUUUCUUGUCUUUCUUCUUUUUAAUGUUUUCUAUCGUUUUGCAUUUAGUAUCAACAACUUCAAUCACACAACUAUCAUCUAUAUGCUUGCCAUAGUUGGAAGAGGGGUUAGAUGGAAGUUUGACAAUUAAUUGCCCCGUUUUCAUUUCAAGGACAAAGAAAUUGUUAAGAGAGGGUAACAGAAUGACAUUGCUAUCAGCAAGUGGGGG